AACGCGAAGAACAAAAAAUUCAUGCUCUGCGAGGAAUACAUAACUUUUCAUCUACAUCUAGCAGUGAAAAUCCCACGCCAACACCUGACAUGAACGACGAAGCAGGGCCCUCAACACUUCCAACACCGCCACCACAAAAGCGAGGAAGAAAGCUUUUGAUUGAUCCCCACGUAGCGGCGAGUCUUGAUGCCGCUAAAUUAACUGACAGGAAAGCCACUAUCGUCUUAGCAUCUGUUUUAAAAAAAACUUGUACAGAACCUCAAAAGUUCAACAUUAAUCGUUCUUCGAUUCGCCGGCAGCGGAUAAAGCAUCGUAAAGUCAUAGCAGAGUGUCUAAAAAAAGAAUUUAAGCCCGAUUUGCCCUUAACAAUACACUGGGAUGGUAAACUUAUUGAAGAUAUAACAGGACAUGAAACGGUGGAUCGCUUACCAAUAUUAGUGUCUGGGCAUGGAGUAGAUCAGCUGUUGGCAGUUCCUAAACUUGAACGCGGAACCGGUGAAGCAUGUGCCUCUGCUGUUCAUGAAACAGUACAGACAUGGGGAUUAAGUGACAAAGUUAAAUGCUUAUGCUUUGACACAACGGCAGUUAACACUGGACUGCGAAACGGAUGCUGCGUUAUUUUAGAACAAAAAAUGGAGAAAGAUAUGCUUUGGCUCGCCUGUCGCCAUCACAUAAUGGAAAUUAUGUUAGAAGCCAUCGCAAAUCAAGCCCUUGGUCCAUCUAGUGGCCCAGAAGUUUUGUUAUUUAAAAGGUUCAAAAAGAAUUGGACCCAUAUUAAUCCUAAGGAUUACAAGAAUGUUAUUUCUGAUCCCGAGUCUGCCAAAUAUGUUGAAAAUAUCUCUUCAGGAAUGAUUUCUUUCGCACAGGAUCAAUUGCGUGAAUACCAACCGCGUGAUGAUUACAGAGAGCUAUUAAAUCUCACAAUCAUUUAUUUGGGAGGUAUUCCCGACAGUGGAGUCGCAUUCAGAAUGCCUGCAGGCCUUCACCGUGCUCGUUGGAUGGCAAAAGCGAUGUACUGCUUCAAAUUAUUUAUGUUUCGGCAUCAAUUUAAAAUGACCAAAAGAGAAGAAAAAGCAGUAAAAGAUAUUUGUACUUUUACUGCCGUCAUAUACGUGAAGUAUUGGUUCGAAGCACCUGCUGGGCAAUGUGCACCACGAAAUGAUUUGAACCUGCUGAAAGACCUCAUAACAUUUAAAAAUAUUAAUCUGGCGAUGGCCAACGUUGCUUUGAAAAAGGUUUUAGGUCAUUUAUGGUACCUAAGUGAAGAACUUGUUUCAUUUGCAUUUUUCGACGACAAGCUUCCGAUUGAAGUAAAGAAAAAAAUGGUGAUGGCACUAAAAAAUGAAGGGCUGGAGUAUUGUCCCAAAAGAAUAAGCCUAGACGCCAAACAUAUCAUGGAAAAAGAUAUUGAAGACUUUGUGACAAGUAACUCUUUAAGGUUCUUCCAAAUACUUGGCAUUUCAUCACGGUUUUUUAACAAAGAUGUUGAAAAUUGGGAAGGUGACGAAGACUUUAAAGCGGCAAAAAAAAUAGUACAAUCCAUGCGGGUGGUAAAUGACAUCGCAGAACGCGGAGUGGCAUUGAUGGAGGAAUACAAUAAGCUAUUAACAACUAAUGAAGACCAAAAACAGUAUUUGCUUUUAGUAGUAAAACAAUUCCGAAAAAAGUACCCCAACGCCCAGAAAUCCACCCUUUUAUCGUAAUUUGUUAUUUAUGUUGUUGUUGUGUUAUGGAUACCUGAUUGUGUAGUUGAUUCAGAUGUCCAUUUUAGAGAUUAUAACUGCAAUCUUUAACACUUCAGAGUUUUUUUUACAAUAAAUCUGAUUUUGCAUGUAA